AUGGCGACUAAAACCGUUCCUCGCGGUUCGAGACGACCUUCUCUUCAAAUUUACGUUCCUCCAAGUCUUCGGAAUUCUCGUGUGCCACAGCAAAAGGAGUGCGCUUUGUCUUCUCGUCUCCAAACAAACGCUGAGGACCACAGAAAACCAUCUCCUAAUGCCGUUCUUGAUUCCCUUCAACACCUCACCCUUAACGAUGAUAAUUUCGAAGAUCUCGGAUUCUUCAUUCCUAAUGAAAAGCCUAAAGAAGCUGUUAAAGUUCCCGUUGGUGCCUCUACGAACUAUCUCCAGGGUCCUGAUCUUGACUAUGAUAAACUGCGCCACAUAAUCGAACUCUAUGACUUCCCAGCCGACCUUGAGAGCAUGACCCUUGAAACUGUGUUGCGCCCCUUUCACGAGAGUGGCUUUACCCUUAAGUGGGUGGACGACACUCAUUGUCUCGCCGUCUUCUCCUCUUCUCUCACUGCUGAGCAGGCCCUACGACAUAUCAAUGGAGUUCUUAUCAAGGCUCGCCCUGUAGAAGAGGCAUCCUUGGCUUCGAAAUGGAAGAUUGCCAAGUCUCCAGGAGAUUGGGCAAUGCCCUAUAAGAAACGGCCACCGCAUGAUAGCAGUGUUGCCAAUCGAAUCAUCUCAUCUCAUCUGGGGCUGCCGCGACCUAAGACUUCUCUUGUCAUUCAUCAAGCUCAAAAGGAGGCCAAAGAGAGACGCGAGCGAAAAGAGCAGAACCGGAGGGCAAUGUGGGGUGACGAUUAG